UCGUUAAUCUUAAUUAACAAUAAGACACAAAAUUGAGGUUGUGCGAAGCCCUAAAUAAUGGCUGCGAUUCACCGCGAGGCAAUACAGAAGCAAAUCCAACAGGAUUGGGCAAAUCGUGAAUACAUCGAAGUUAUAACUGGAAGUAUUAAAAAAAUCACCGACUUCCUCAAUUCAUUCGAUAUGUCAUGCAGAUCACGACUGGCUGUUUUAAAUGAAAAACUAACAACAUUAGAACGUCGUAUAGAAUACCUUGAAGCAUGUGUAACUAAAGGAGAAACCUUGACAUAACAACAUGACUAAUAUGUAUAUAAAUUUAUAAUUUGAAUGAAAUAUCAAUAAUGAUAAUUAUAAUAAUGAUAAUAAUAAUUUA